AAGGGAGCGCUAGCCUCGGCGGAGGAGGGGUAUAUGAAGGGCCGUGCUGCGGCUGCCGGUCCUCUUUCAGCCUCCAGUCUAAGAUGACCAAGAAGAGAAGGAAUAACGGACGCGCCAAGAAGGGCCGUGGCCACGUCCAGCCCAUCCGCUGCACCAACUGUGCCCGCUGCGUGCCCAAGGACAAGGCCAUCAAGAAGUUCGUCAUCAGGAACAUCGUGGAGGCAGCCGCCGUCAGGGACAUCUCCGAGGCCAGCGUGUUCGACUCCUAUGUUCUGCCCAAGUUGUAUGUGAAGCUGCACUACUGUGUGAGCUGCGCCAUCCACAGCAAGGUGGUGAGGAACCGCUCCUGUGAGGCAAGGAAGGACCGCACCCCGCCCCCCAGGUUCAGGCCAAGCGGUGGUGCCCCAAGAGCUCCCCCGAAGCCCAUGUGAGGACAACAUGAAGAUUCUGUGAAUUUCUACAAAUAAAUCAGAUUGACAAACA